UCCGGGUUGCGCGGGUUCAGCAGCUCAUUUAUCACGCUAAUAUGAGCUAGCCGCCUUUUUGUUAACGUCAUUAGUUUAUUUAAGAAGAAACCGGAGCUAUUUCGUCGAGAAACUUCAUAACAACCGCUCAGGUUAUUUUAACUCUCUGACCACAAUACACGGACAGUGACAAUGACGUCUCCAACAAGGGGAGUUGAUGGAAAACUUAAUGCCAGAAGCUAACUGCAGGUACAGGUCAUCACAUGACAACUCCCUGGAGUGGAACAACUGUUGCUUUUUCACCACAUAAUCCAUCAUGUCAUUACCAAAGGAGUCGGAGAAUCGAGGGAAAGAUCGCGAGAGGGGGGCCCGUCCAAAGGUGAGACAGAGCCGAUCAGAGGAGAGGCGAGAUGCAGGCAGUGGACGGAAAGGUGGAAAGGGGAAGAAAAAAGGCCUUGCUUCCCAUGACCCAGCAGCUGAGAGGCCUGCGAGUGAUGGCUUUGAGUACGGUGAGCUGUUGAGUGACCUAGAGACCAGGGACCAAUCUUCCUCCUCUCCUCUGAGGGAAAGUUGGAGAUGGCAGGGUCUGGAAGCCACUGCCUCAUUACUUGGACAAGAGCAGGUAACCGCCAGGCUGGGACUGGGAGCAGUUAGCUCUGCCACAGAGUUACCUGCAUCCAGUGAAGGUGACAGCAGAGGGUCAAGCAGCAGUCGCACUCUCCGGCAAAAAAUCCAAGAUGCAAUGGGACAGUGUUUCCCAAUAAAGACCCACAGUGCAGCACCAGCACCAGCACCAGCACCAUCUCCAUCUCCACAGGCUCUUUCAUCAUCUGUCGCCUGUGCCUCCUCGAAGCGCAAGAUCCAUCUCAGUGAGUUGAUGCUGGACGACUGCCCAUUCCCCGUAGGAUCAGAGCUGGCUCAGAAGUGGUAUCUCAUUAAGCAGCACACGGCACCCAUUACCCAGCCUCCCGUGCUUGAUUCUGCAGUAGUGUGCAACGCCCCUACUUCAGCCAUGGCCACAGUGGUGGAGGAUGUAGACGACAGGUUGCGAGAACGCAGGCGUAUCAGCAUUGAACAAGGUGUUGAGCCACCACCCAAUGCAGAGAUCCACACAUUUGAGGUGACGGCCCAAAUUAACCCUCUCUACAAGCAUGGCCCCAAGCUGGCUCAUGGUAUGAAUGAGUUAAGCGGGGCUGACAGAGCGUCUGCUCAUCAGCAACAGCAGCUUCUUCUCCAAAGACAGCAGCAGCACCAGCUCCUUCUACAGAGCUGUUUGGACACUCUGGACGAGGUGGUGGCCUCAGCAUCAGCCUCUGUCCACACCAGUGAUACCAUCCCAGACACUCUGGUUGACCCAGAGGUUACAGCGACCAACGUGCCCUCUAGAGCCAUACUUUCUCCAGCUGAAAAUCACAAAUCUCACGACGGCUACCGCAUUCACACUCAGAUUGAUUACAUUCAUUGUUUAGUUCCAGACCUGCUGCAGAUCACCAACCUCCCGUGUUACUGGGGGGUGAUGGACCGCUAUGAGGCAGAGACGCUGCUGGAGGGAAAGCCCGAAGGCACUUUCCUGCUGCGUGACUCCGCCCAGGAAGACUACCUCUUCUCUGUCAGCUUCCGCCGCUACUGCCGCUCGCUACAUGCACGCAUCGAACAAUGGAACCACAAUUUUAGCUUUGACGUGCACGACCCCAGCGUCUUCCACGCUCCCACAGUUACAGGAUUGCUGGAGCACUACAAAGACCCCAACUCUUGCAUGUUCUUCGAGCCCCUGCUGUCUAACCCCAUCCAUCGCACACAGCCCUUCACCCUGCAACACAUCUGCAGAGCGGUCAUCAGCAGCUGCACCACCUAUGAUGGCAUUAACAUGCUUCCCAUUCCAAAUGCUUUGAAAAAGCACCUGAAAGAAUACCACUAUAAGCAGAGGGUACGUGUACGGCGGAUGGAUACCUGGUGGGAAUGAGGAACAACAAAAAAACUGACUAAACGUGACUACUACACACAUUUUUUAACACUAAUGGAACUGAACAACAAGUCUUGUUCCUCACUCUAUCUGGCUGAGUUAACCUACACUUUAAUGUACUUAUUUAUUUUACUUCUGCUGUACAUGUCUUAAUACUAAACCACACUGAUGAAACAGUAUGCAAUCUCACUGAUCUUGCACAUUCAAAGUUCUUUAUGCUCAAAGUAAACAAACUUUUUUAGAUCUGUGGUGUUCAGAGAGCGACCCUCACUCAGCCUCUGUGUUUUCAAGUGUGACUGAAUCAGCUUAAUUAUAUGACGAUGGGGGAAAGUGUCCUAGUGUGAAUUGAGAUGAUUAUAAUAGAGCUGUUCAUCAGUCACGUGCUGAGAAGGUGGAACACAUAUUGAAAAGAUUUUCUCCAUGUUACCAAGGUGUGGGAGUGCAGCACGUUUGCAGAAUUAAUUAUUGUUUCCCACAUUGAGCCCACAGUUCAUUAUCAGGGCUGAGAGUUAGGCGCAUAAGGUAGCUUUUAUUAUUAACGAGUUGAAAAGCUUGCUCCAAAAUAGAUAAUUGUCACAAAUUGAUGGUAUGAUUACAUGCUCAGAUUCUUUUCUAGUUUUGUCUAAAUGCAGGGAAAUAUAUAAAGGGUGAAUUUGCACAAGUAGCAUUAAAUGGAUUUUAUGCUCACAGUGGCUUUGUUUUUAGCUUACAUUAUAUAACCAUCUGCAGCGUCUCCUGUGAGGUUAAAAUGCAUGCAGACAGUGCCAGCGGUCUUCAUUAGUUUUGAAAUAAAGGAUCAAAUGUGGCCUUCAUGAACUUGUCAGCAGCAGGUGAAGCAGCUGCUUGAGAAUACAAAUGAAGCCCAGACAUUUAUGGACCUUAUAUCGCUCAGAAUCUGACUUUUGUGUUUUCCAUUUCCAAAUUUAGUUCUCCUUAGUCCAAAGGUUUGGUCUGGCCUUUUCAAAUUAGCAUUUUAAUUGUGGUGUAAAGACACAGAUCCUGAAAGAAGAAAAGUAUCCUGUUGCUAUACUUCCUCCUGAGCAUAUUUUAAAGAGGUGGGGUGUCUCCACACUAAUCUUCCGUUCCAGCAGUUCAGUGACAGAAUUACCACAGUGAAUUAGCAAUUAUGAAACUUAAUUAACAAUCUGAGUGAUGGAAGAAAUUAUGUGUUUUAAGCUUCUUUUUUCCCUGGAGCUUGACAAUAAGCCAGUUACAGAAUCAGCAAAAACCCCAAAAGCACACAGGAAAGUUAAAGCUCAAAAUACAGUAUAUCAACCAAGUCAAGUUUAGUGCAUGAUAGUACAAGGUAUAGUGCAGUAAAUGGCAUAUGAAAUAUGUUAUAAAAGACCCAUCAUCAACCACAACAACAAAACACUGGUAAAUCAGAAAAAUGUAAAAAUAAAUCAAUUAAAA